GCGCGCGCGCUCAACGGAAAUCAGACUCCUCUGACCGCACGUGCUGGAAGGGAGUCACUCGGCGCGCGGUAGCUGAGCGCGAGGACGCUGUGUUUGCAGAGAGAGCGGAGCAGCGGCGGCGCUUCUGGGCUUCAUGGCGCUGUGCAACGGCGAGACCAAGCUGGAUAUCGGUGGCGAGCCGACAGACGGGUUGCAGGACUACGACGGGGCCGUGGUGAUCCUGGACGCCGGGGCGCAGUAUGGAAAAGUGAUCGACAGGCGAGUGAGGGAGCUGUUCGUUCAGUCCGAGAUCCUGCCACUCGAGACGCCCGCCUUCGCCAUCAGAGAGCAGGGCUUCAGGGCCAUCAUUAUAUCCGGCGGUCCGAAUUCAGUCUACGCAGAAGAUGCACCCUGGUUCGACCCCGCCAUAUUCACCAUCGGGAAACCCGUACUGGGGAUCUGCUACGGCAUGCAGAUGAUGAAUAAAGUGUUCGGAGGCACGGUACACAGGAAGAGUGUACGAGAAGACGGCGUGUUCAGCAUCGGAAUAGACAACUCCUGCUCCCUUUUCAGGGGUCUACAGAAGGAGGAGAUGGUGCUCUUGACUCAUGGGGACAGUGUGGAUAAAGUAGCAGAUGGGUUCAAGGUCGUUGCUCAGUCUGGCAGCAUCAUUGCAGGCAUCGCGAACGAGCAGAAGAAGCUCUAUGGGACUCAGUUUCACCCGGAGGUAGAUCUGACGGAGCGGGGCAUGGACAUGCUGCGGAACUUCCUGUUUGAGAUCGCCGGCUGCACCAACAACUUCACCGUGCAGAACCGGCAGAUGGGCUGCAUACGCGAGAUCCAGGAGAAAGUGGACAAGUCCAAAGUGCUGGUAUUGUUAAGCGGCGGUGUCGACUCUACAGUGUGCACAGCCCUGCUGAAUAAAGCUCUAAAUCAGGAUCAAGUGAUCGCCGUCCACAUCGACAACGGUUUCAUGAGGAAGAGGGAGAGCCAGACUGUGGAGGAAGCGCUCACCAAACUCGGAAUUAAACUCAAAGUUGUAAAUGCAGCACACACGUUCUACAACGGCACCACGACGCUGCCCAUCUCGGAGGAGGAUCGCACUCCGAGGAAACGCAUCAGCAAGACUCUCAACAUGACCACCAACCCUGAGGAGAAGAGAAAGAUCAUCGGGGACACCUUUGUCAAGGUGGCGAACGAGGUGAUCGGCGAGAUGAACCUGAAGCCGGAGGAUGUGUAUCUGGCGCAGGGCACGCUCAGACCCGACCUGAUCGAGAGCGCGUCUCACCUGGCCAGCGGCAAGGCUGACGUCAUCAAAACGCACCACAACGACACAGAGCUCAUCCGCAAACUCCGGGACGAGGGGAAGGUAAUCGAGCCACUGAAAGAUUUCCACAAAGACGAGGUCCGAGCGUUGGGCCGAGAGCUGGGCCUUCCCGAGGAGAUAGUCUCCCGACACCCUUUCCCCGGUCCUGGUUUGGCCAUCAGAGUGAUCUGUGCUGACGAACCCUACAUCUGCAAAGACUUCGCUGAAACCAACAACAUCCUGAAAAUCAUCACAGACUUCUCCGCCAGUGUUAAGAAGCCCCACACACUGCUGCAGAGAGUGAAGUCGUGCAUAUCAGACGAAGAGGAGGAGAAGCUGAUGCAGAUCACCAGCCUUCAUUCACUAAAUGCCUUCCUGCUGCCAAUUAAAACCGUCGGCGUCCAGGGUGACGCGCGGUCGUACAGCUACGUGUGUGGGGUGACCAGUAAAGAAGCUCCUCACUGGGAAUCGCUCAUGUUCCUGGCCAGACUCAUCCCUCGCAUCUGUCACACCAUUAACAGAGUCGUGUAUGUGUUCGGGUCACACGUAAAGGAACCUCCCACAGACAUCACUCCCACUUUCCUGACCACAGGUGUACUGAGCACGCUCAGACAGGCCGACUUCGUGGCCCACUCCAUCCUCAGGGAGUUGGGCUACUCGAGUAAGAUCAGUCAGAUGCCCGUCAUCCUCGUGCCGCUGCAUUUCGACCGCGACCCGCUGCAGAAGCAGCCGUCCUGCAGGCGCUCCGUCGUCAUCAGAACCUUCAUCACCAGCGACUUCAUGACGGGCAUCGCUGCCACGCCGGAUAACCACAUCCCCGAGGAGGUGGUAGUGAAGAUGGUGAGCGAAAUUAAGAAGAUCCCGGGGAUCUCCAGAGUGAUGUACGACCUGACGUCCAAACCUCCGGGAACCACAGAGUGGGAGUAGAGCAGAGCGCUGAACUUUUCAGGGCUGUCCUCCUCCUCUUCCCUUUUUCUCCCUGUCCCUCUUUUUCUGGACUUCCUUCAUCCUUCCAUGGCAGUGUUUCCACACUCACCAACAAGCUCUCCACCCUCAGAGAACACAAACACGACAUUCCCCAUGACAGCAGCCAGUACUGUGAUUAACACACACACACGCGCACGCACGCUCAAAGUCGCUAUUUCAACACAGCUUCAUUUUCUGGCGCUUGCUCUGAUUAUUAUUAUUAUUAUUAUUAUUAUUAAGCCGAUUAUUCGUUUAUUAUUUCAGGAAUUAGUCAUCUGUGUUUUCGUAGAUUUGCCAGUUAAGGCUUCGAGGCUUGCAGAAAUAUCUAGGGAUGCAUCGAUGAGUUCUGAAAUAAUUUAACUAACGAGUUUAAAGUAAUCGGGACGACCUGGAGCGUUUUUAUUUAGCCGCGUUUGUUCGUCAGUGUCACGUGCUGCUAGAAAUGAACUCCUCAGUCCGAGCUUCACGUUUAAGACGUUAAAUCUGUUUAAGCAGCGUCUUUGACAGAGCGCGCUCGCCGUCGAAGGUGCUGUUUUAAACGUUAUUAAAAUGUUUUUUUAGCUACUCGUGUCGUAGAAGAUGCUGAUGCUAGUGUCAGUAUUGAUGCAUCCCUAGAAAUCACUCACACACACUGUUCUUCUCCUGCGACCUUUCUACUUUCAUUUUCCACAUCAGCUUUAUUCACCUCGUUAUUAACUCACUCCUGUGACCAAUUCUCUUUAUUUGCCAAAUAGAGCUGGUUUGACGUUAAGGGCACUUGAUGAACUGCCACUGUUUUGUGGGGGUUUGUUUUUAUUUUUCCUUGUGGAGAUCUGCGAAAUGUGCUGUGAAGGAGCUUUUCAAGCUUCCUAGACUUUGUGCCUGGUUCUUUUUGUCCUUUCUCGUUUUUUUUUUCUUUUCUUUUCCUUCAGGGAUGUGAACAACAGAACUAACACAUGCUGCAUACUUUUCUUUUGCGUUCCGAAAAGGUAUAUUUGUGUCUGCUCGUGCGAGUGUGUGAGAACAGGAGCAUCGUUUGCACAUUUAACCAUAUCUUGUGUUUGGGUGUGUUUUCUUUUUUUUUUUUUAAACUCGUAAGGCCUUGGUGCUUUCGCUUCCCGUGUAGUGUCUCCUGAGGCUCGACGUCGGAAGCUUUAGCUAUGAAACGGGGAAAGGGGGGCUAGCUGUGAUCACAUGACCCAUUAACGCAUUUAGAGCUUUUUUUUUUAAUUGAUAAAGUGGGAGGGGCUACUGGUUAGUUCUGUUAACUAUACGUAGAGGUUUGUUUGGGGCGAAAACCAGAAAUCUAUGCCUGAUUGUAGAUAAGAUUUGAAAUGUCGUCGUAGCAAUGAAUAAAUAACAUGCCUAGCUAUUUAUUGUCUUUUGUACGUCUCAUUACACGAUCAUUUGUUUCAAUAGCAAGAAAAAAAAAUGAUGCAAGUGUGGACUGGUUCCUUGUCUUAACUGCAAACUUUGUUCUUAUUCUCUCUCUCUCUCUCUUUCUCUCUGUCUCCUUUGUACGUGUACAUUUUACAUGUGUCUACUCAGAAGAAAAUACUAUUAAUAUGAAUUUAAAUUCAGUAGUGGGUUCAGCUGCAAUCUGACAUUGUGUUCAGUUUGAUUUAUGCAAUUAUUAUUUUUUUUUUGUAUAAAAAUGAACAAAAAGCUUUUUUUCUUUAGUAUUGUGCCUCAAAACCAAGCCACUGCAUGCAGUUUCCCGAUGAACUGACGUUUGUAUAAUGAGAUCUGAGCUUUAAUAAAAGAAGUCCAUGUACAA